AUGACUACACCAGAUUUAUCGGAUCCAUUGAUUAUGGAACAUAUCAAGAAUGUUCAAAACGGCACUGAAAAUUGGUGUGUUUUCGGUUACGUACCAAAAUCCAAUAUAAAGAUCAAGUUCUACGAGUGUGGUAACGGUGGAUUGAGUGAGUUGCGUGAGGAACUCAGUGACUCAUCAAUUCGUUACGCCUACAUUCGCUAUCAGAUCAACAACAUGCCAAAGUUCUGCUAUAUCGCGUGGUGCGGUGACGGUGUCAACGGUCCAAUCAAGGGAUCGUUCUCCGGUCACGCCAUCGAGUUUGCUCGCCACAUGAAACCACUGCACCACCAGUUGAACGCGCGUAACGAGGACGACCUCGACGAGAAGGCGAUCAUGGCGGCGCUCACCAAGGCCACCGGUGCAAGCUACGAUUCCGGUGCCAAGAAUCAAGGAUCGUCGCGUGCCUCUGUCGCCAUCCCAACCUCGGUUGCUCAGGGUCGUAUUGCCGCCACUCAAUCGUCGGUGCAAUCCAAGACAUUCGACAAGAGCGACUACAACAAGAAGGACGAAUCCGCUCAGUACUGGAAGAGUAACAACGCGCCUGUCGAGCCGGUCAAAGCCAAGCCAGAGCGUACCGACUACAACAUCACAACUGAGCGUGAGAACUACUGGAAGCAACAACAACAGGAGCAACAACAAGAGCAACCAAAGCCAGCUCCAUCGACUCGUCCAGCUGCCGGUGCACCAACUCGUACCGUUGCCUCACGUUUCCAAGAGGUCACUGCACAGCCAUCGAAUCCAGUCAAGCCACCACCACCCAAGCCAACUGGAAACAUCGUAAGCAAGUUCUCACAAAUGAAGGUACACGAAAGACAACCAGAACCAGUACCAGAACCUGAGCCACAAUACGAAGAGCAACAACAAUACUAUCAAGAAGAGCAACAACAACAUUAUCAAGAGGAACAACAAUAUGAUGAUCAACAACAACAACAUUAUCAAGAAGAACAACAUUACCAAGAGGAACAACAAUAUGAUGAUCAACAACAACAUUAUCAAGAGGAGCAACACUACCAGGAGGAACAACAACACUAUCAAGAGGAGCAACCACAAUAUCAAGAGGAACAACACUACCAGGAGGAACAACAACACUAUGAAGAGCCACAACAAGGAUAUGGUGAUCAAUCAGCAGGUUAUGUUCAAGUCAAGGCAUUGUAUGACUAUGCAGGUGAGAAUGAAGGUGAUCUUUCAUUCGCAGUCGGAGACAUCAUUAAUGUUUUAGAUCAAUCAGAUCCAGAUGGUUGGUGGCAAGGUGAACUCAACGGUAACACUGGUUACUUCCCAAUGAACUUUGUCGAACAACUUUAA